AUGGGUCUUCCAGAUAAACCGUCUACUACUGGAUAUUUUACUCCUCAACAUGGUUAUACUGAUUUAAAAAUUAAAACCCAUAACUAUUCCGGGGCACCAACACCAUUCGUUGGCAAACAGAUGUCCCCAAAAGAGUUCUUUGAAGAUCCUAGAAAUAGAGAGCAUCAAAAAGAAUUUGUUAAGAAAGGAGGUAAAAAGUUAUUUCACAUGGUCAAAAAUAGAUUUAGCAAUUAA